CCAAAAGCGCGUUGUGCACGGCCGUGCAGCACCCUCGAUGAAAUGCCUGUUUUCCAUGCCAUGUUGUGGCCACCGGUUGGGGCCCUUAAUGAUGUAGUUUGUGGGUGUAUUUGCUAUGGAUGUGAACCUUGAGUUGCCUACUUUCUUGUGAAUGUGCACCCCCACCCAGAUUAUGCUUGAUUUAUCGAGUUUUUGACCCCCGAACUAUGGAUGAAACCAUGGUUCGGCUGCUUUCUGUUCUUAAGUGUGGGGGUGGGCUUGACCUUUUCUUUGGCUCUUUUGGUUCCACCUUGGGUUGUUGUUUUGCAGGGCAAUGGUACAACCUAACUUCCAGCACCCGUUCAUCCGGGAUCUCAGGAGGGGCUCCACCGGAGAGCGCUUCAAGAAAGUCGUGGAAACCCCGUUUGGCGCCCACCAUUGCUGGUCCAAACGGGAGUUUCGGGAACUGCACUGCUACGAGCAGAUUUCCGCCGUGGUCGCCAACACUGCAUGGCGCCGUCUGUUCCAGAUCUGCGAGACGGUCUACUACGAGCCGGUGUGGGAGUUCUACACCACUUUCAAGCACAACUCCACGACCAGAUACCAUGACAGUACAGCCGUCCAAUUCAGGCUGGGUGGUGUCCCCCGGUCCUUGAGCUAUCACGAGCUGGCUGAGGCUCUCGACCUCGACCUCGACGACAGUCGGGACUACGUCACCGAGGUUACUGAGCCACCGGAGGUGGACUUCAAGAGGCUGUACACCAGCCUGGCUCAGCCUGGCCAGACGCGUCCUUUCAAGUCUGGAAGGACGAAGGCAGCUACCCUGCAGAUCGAGUACCGACUUCUCCACCACCUGCUGGCGAAGUCUUACACUCCUGCAUAUGACAGUGCCGGCCACAUCACGAAGAGGCCCCUGUACUUCCUCGAUUCGAUCCGCCAGCGCCGCCAUCCUCUCCACCUGGGUUCGGUGGUGGCCAAGACAUUCGAGAAGACGGCCACAGAGCUGAAGAGCCUCCACUGCGCCCCCCUCAUCACCCGCCUGGUUACCUUCUUCGGCCUCUCACUGCAGGGGUGCACCAAGGAGGGGGAGACCCCCAUCUUUGGCAGCGCGACAAUCAAGAAGAUGCUGCUGUUGCGGGAGAGGAACGGUGUUCAGUGGGUCGAGGGAUUUCCGGAGCCCCCUAUCCCCGCGGAGCCCGAGGAGGAGGCUGACGAGGAGGCUGACGAGGAGGUGGACCCCGAGGAGGUGGAUGCUGCUGCUGAUGCUCCCCCACAGACUGACUUCCAUUUUGGGGGUAGCAGCUCCACUUUCCAGGGCCAGGACUACUUCACCCAGCAGUUCGAGCAGCUGAGGAUCCAGAACCAGCUGCUCCUUGACCAGCAGAUGCAGUUCCCGCAGCAGUACGCGGCAGAUCAGGCCGAGUACCGGCACAGGCUGGACACGAUCCAGGCUCAGCAGGGCGUGACUCUCGCCCAUAUCGAGCGGGAGAAGCGCCGCUCCCGGCGCAUGCAGGAGGUUCAGCAGCACCUGCUUCAGCUGGUUCCGGGCGAGCCACCUGUCUGGAGGACUCCCUGGGAUGACUCCCCUCCACAUGACGGUGCGGCUGGCGCUGCUGAUGAUGAUGCGUUCAUGAACGACAUCGAUCUCGACGAUCUUGGCGACGAGUAGGCUGUCCUCGUUGCCCGUCUCAUUUUGUUUGUUUUUGUUUGUUUUUUUUUUUUUUUAGACUUUUGAGUGUUUGCUCCAUGUGUGCGGAGCUUGAACUUUUUGUCGUUUGUUUUUUGUUUUUGGUUUUUCCUUUGUGGUUUGAUGUAGCCGUCUGGGCUAACACUUAUCCCUAACGCCAGUGUGCUAGUGUUUCUGAUGUUCGAUUUGUGCAGUAUUGACCACUUCCCCGUUCGCUUCUCGCUGACUGGUCCACUUCCAGUCCCCCAGCAGUGUUCUUACCCGGUAACAUCGUUCCCCUUAUCUUUCCCUCUGCUCCAUUGAGGGCAAUGUCGUGCUUAAGUGUGGGGGGAUGUUUUGUAUCGGUUGGAAUAUUUUUGAUGGUGCUUGGAGCCUAGUCCACUGUCCGAAUCUUACGAUUUGAGGGCUCCAAGUACUGCUGUUUGAUCAUAUUGGCACUGUGUUUUGAUGGAUGAAUUGAUUGGUUUUCGGAUUAAUGCAUGACAACCUGUUUGCGACUAGGACAACCUAUGAUGAGGACUGAGAUGUGCAGUAGAACGAUAUAGAGGUUCAGUUUUUCAACUGUUUGCUUGCCAACUGUGACUUGAUCUGACUUGAUCUGAUUACUUGUUCUUGACAGUCGUUUAUGCAUCUAGUUCAGGGUAUCAGAAUGUGAGAUAGAGCAUAUAGGUAGCCAUGUGAGAUUUGAGCCUGCUCGUUUCUUUCUUGUGCGAUAGAUCCCUCUUCCAUGAUGUGUAGCAUUCACGUUGUCACUAGCUGAGAUGAUGGGGGCAUAGGAUUAGCCCACGCCCAAAACUGACUGUCCUGAUGUGUCAUAUCCCCUAGUCAGCCCCUUUGAGCCGUGUGUUAUCCUUUCUUUUGGUCUAUAAUGAAAAAAAUCACCCUUGUUGCAUCUUUUAGAAGGUUCCACAGAGUGGUUUUUACAUAUUCUCUGCUGUUUCUGCUUAAGUCUAUGUGAGUGUUGGAGGUAGUGCUUAAAAGCUGGGCAGGUGUUUGAAAUUUAUGCAGAAGUGGUGGCUCUCUUAAGAAAUGAAAAGAAAAAUAAAAGAAAAACAAAGAAAAAAUUGAAAGCAAAAGAGAGCCACUGCCAAAAAUCUGAGUACUGCCCAGUAAGUAGUGUUUCUUAGCAGUCUGGCUGGGAAAUGCUGAUGUUUAUGCCUCCUUCGCUCUUGUGCUCUUAAGACAUUGAGUAAUGCAGGAUAGCAGAAAGAAAAUACCGGGUUGUUGACUGUGUUUGUGUGUUUGGGAAAUGUGGAACCUUUUGCUAUGAAUACUUCCACCACCUAAAAGGCCUUUUCCCCAUGUCCAAGACCCUAGCCAGUCAUUUGAACAUGUGUCUAAGACCUCCUGAUUAGUUAGUGGUGACACCCCAUAUGUGAACUCUAGCAUUUAGAGGCUGCCAUCAUGGUGAAGAGAUGAUAGGUAUUGAGAGAAAUGACAUGCGCAUCUUUCGCAUCAAAUUGUCCUGACCCCACUGGUCGAGAGUGAGUGAUUCAUUUUCAUUUUCUAUAUGCUCUUGUACCCCGGUGAGGACCUAGAUUGCUCGGUCUCUAUUCUGAUGUCUUGAGUUGGAUGCAUGAGUUGACUGUUUUGAGUGAGUGGUUGAAUCAAGUCUAAGUUGGCCA